GGUCCUCUGGCUUUGUUUUAUGUUCUUUGUGGAUAUGUCUCUGGACCUCUCCAUCACGGGACAUCGUACCUCAUUUCCUCCAAGAAAGGCUAGAAGUGUAUAUAGAUUUAAAGCUGCUAAUUCCUUUAUGGAUGAGACCCUCUUUGGCAGCUUUGGGGGCAAAGUAGAUCCAGCCCUUCAGUGGACCACAGGUUCUCCAGGUCAAGUAUCAUUUUCAUGGCACCCAGAAGCGGAAAAGGAAUCUAAAGUUCGUACCAUUAGCAGGACUAGCUGCACCCCGCCAGGGACACCACGAAAGAAAAUACAUUAUAGAGUAAAGAGCCGCUCACCAUCAUAUUGUGAUGAGUCACUGUUUGGGCCAAAGGUGGAAGAAUGUAGUUGGGAAGCACCAUGGGUAAAAAAAGAAGAUACUGUCCGAAUUCGUCCCCUACUCUGGAGCCCACCUCCAGUAGUAUGGCCACAGAGCUCCAAGCCAAAUACCAAACAAAUUCCACUCAAGGCUGUACACCCUCAAGAUAAUGGAAGCAGAUCUUUAGAGACACAGAAGAUGAAAGGAGACUUCUGGAAACCACCAGACAGUGACUCUGAUUCUGGAGGAUGCCCCUCUGUGGCAGGUCCUUCACCCAGUGCAAAGGGUCGCUGUAGCUCAUCUGAAAAGAACACCAUUCGAUCUGCAAGCUGCUCAGGGAGACUUACUGCUAGGAGAGGUUCAAUUACAGAACGACCACCAUGGAAAUGA